AUGCUCCACCCUGGUCUGAUCCUUCCUCAGCACGGAUGGGCACUAGCCCUUGAAGAGGACUCGUGGGCCCUUGGGCGUGGUCUGUACCCACCGAGACCGACAUGGGGUAUCAUUCGAGCCUUGUCAAUAUACGGAAAGUGCUACUAUGAUACACCCACGUACGUGGAGCGUGGCGCAGGACGCAGGGGGAUCAAUGCUUCAAAGCGUCGAGAAUCUGGAGAGAAGGGGGAGGGAGUAGGAAAGAGCGUCGGAUCGUGCGUGCAUGGACGAAACGUGGCUCUGAGCCUCAAGACUGGUCGACUGCACCACACUGGAACGACACUAGAUACAGCGAACGUUACAGCAACGAUUAGCCGCAUCACCUCUGUUCGACCUCAAUGGCCAGUUGACCUUAAGAUCAGCGCCACACGCCCAGCCAGCAUUCAAUACUCGAGUCUCUCUGUUCUCGAGUCAAUCAAAGCUUUUGCCCCUCCGCUUUCUUAG